AUGCCUCAGCAAGUCGAAUCCGCCGCAACCACGAGGCUCGCAUCCAUCUCUUCCGCGUUGCUCUCGCGCAAGGUCCGGGUAGCCGGGUGGUUGCUCCAUUACGACGCCGACACUUCGAUGCUCAUGAUGCACGACGGCGAAGACGCGCUGCUCGUGGACAUCUCGCUGUGCGUUCGGAACGCGUGGCGAUCGCCGCGCUGGGUGUUCGAGUCCAAGACGGUCAUCAUGGUCGUGGGUUACGUCGAGUCUUCCGUCGCCGCCCUCCCGCUCCCCGUUCUGUCGGCACAUGCGCCACUUGUGAAUGUAAAUCCCCACCUGGUCCUGCGGGCGAUCGUCGCGGAGGAGGCGCGAGACCUCGAUAUGUCUGUGUGGAAUAGCGCGAUCGAAGCUCAGGAAGAGACUCUUCAACGGUCGGCCAAGCAAGAGUGA